AUGUCGAGUAUAGAUGUUCAGGACGACAACGAGAAAGAAAAGACAUUGGCCAAUUUAGAUGUUACCACUGAGAUUGUGUAUGAUGAUGAUGAUAAAAUUCGGCCUGAGGAUACCUCCAAUUUGCGCCGAGUAGCACAGAGUUUGCCUCUGGCAGCUGGAUUUAUCUUGAUUAAUGAAUUUUGUGAAAGGUUUGCAUAUUAUGGUGGUUCUACACCAUUUCAGAACUAUGUGCAAUAUGGGCCAGAUGAUCCACACCAAGCUGGCGCCCUGGGUAAAGGUCAAUCCACUGCCACAGCUUUGCAGACCUUUUUCACCUUUUUCUGCUAUUUUACUCCCAUGCUAGGCGCCUUAGUGGCUGAUCAAUACAUUGGCCGUUACAGGACCAUCUUGGUCUUUUCCUUCAUCUACAUGAUAGGUUGGCUGAUUCUGACAACAACGGCUUCUCCAUCCGCGUUGGCAAAGGGGGCUGGUUUUCCCGGCUAUAUUGUAUCAUUGAUUGUCAUUGGCCUCGGUACAGGCGGUAUCAAGGGCAUCGUUGCUCCUCUCUGUGCUGAUCAGUAUCGACGCACUGAAAACUACUGCAAAAAGCUCAAGAGCGGUGAAAUAGUGAUGGUGGACUAUGACCUCAGUAUCCAACACUUAUACAACUACUUUUACUGGUUCAUUAACGUAGGGUCUUUGAUCGGAGGCAUCAUCUGCCCUCUACUCGAGCUUCAUGUUGGCUUCUGGGCAGCCUUCUUAUUGCCUACAUGUAUGUUUGCCAUGUCCAUUUGCGUCUUUGUAGCAGGUAGUCGCUUCUAUUACAAACCAGGCCCUACAGAUUCUGUGAUUGUCAAGACAUGGAGCAUUAUCAAGUUUUCGUACCAGCAAAAGAGACUGCCCGAGCACCAAGAAGCCCGUAAAGCCUCUGCCUCACCACUGGACUUUGCUAAACGCGAUAAUGGCUUCCCCGGUAUCGCUCCCUGGGACGACGAGACUCAAAACAAGGCCAACUGGGACGACAGCUUCAUUGAUGAGCUUAAACAAACCAUCAUGGCAUGCAAAAUCUUUGCGCCACUGUCCAUCUAUUGGAUCUGCUAUAACCAGCUGUCCAACAACCUACUAUCGCAAGCGGCACAAAUGUAUCGUCCUGCUGGAUUUCCGAAUGAUAUCAUGAACAACUUUGAUCCCAUUGCUCUGAUCAUUCUUAUUCCCGUUUUCGAUACGUUCUUUUACCCUCUUUUACGUAGAUUGCGUAUCAAUUUUGCCUCUCAGGCACGUAUUACAGUGGGCUUCUUCUUUGGCGCUCUCUCCAUGGUGUAUGCUGCUGUUGUUCAACAUUACAUUUACAUAGACCCUUUGUACAUCUCGUCUAAUGGCGCCUCGUCCAAUGUCAGCGUCUUUAUCCAAAUCCCAUGCUACUUUUUGAUCGCUGUUUCAGAGAUCUUUGCAUCCAUUUGCUCCAUGGAAUAUGCGUAUACCCAUGCUCCUAAAUCAAUGAAAUCGUUGGUCUCUGCUCUCUCAUUAUGGCCCAACUGCGUGGCUGCACUUAUUUCGUUGGCUAUCUCUCCCUCUGCUCAUGACCCCAACAUGGUGAAUGUCUAUUCUGGUGUUGCUGCAGGUGCUUUUGUCACUGGUGUUCUCUACUAUUGGAUGUUUAGACACUAUGACAAGAUUGAUGCAAAAGCUCAGCUUCAAAGGAUGCUGGAUGAGGACAACAGUUACAACAUGCAGCAUCUGCCUGAAUCUGAAGCAGUAGCCAUGGCAGAAGCUGAAGCAGAGAUUAUUCCUAACUAA